AUGUAUGCUGUACACGUGACGCUUAUUAAAGCAGUGGAUCUGCCAUCUGCUGAUUUCAAUGGCAAAAGUGACCCGUACGUCGUUUUCAUGCUCGCCAAUACGACCCACACCAGUUCAAUAAUUCCUGUGAAUCUCAAUCCCGAAUGGAAUCCCGAAGAAACAUUCGCCUUCAUUGCCGAUGAUCCCAAGACUGCAGUGCUGGAUGUACAAGUAUUUGAUCAUGAUCGCAUUUCUCAAGAUGACAAGAUCGCUUUUUGUAGUGUACCCCUCGUGAAGUUUCUAGACAACUCCAAGCCCGAGGUCUUUAUGUUUGAACUGAAGAUCCCGGAAGCCUUUGCCAAGCAAAAACGCAAGAGUGCUAUUAUGCUGGAGCUUAAGCUUGAAAAGGAAGACUAA